CGUCCCAGAAUGCUUCGCGAGGCCGUUGACAACACGUCAAAAAUGGCAGAUCCAGUACCGAGUAAAAGUGAUAUCGAGGAAAUUUUCAAAAGAUUGCGAGCCAUUCCAACAAACAAGACAUGUUUUGAUUGCAACGCAAAAAAUCCAGCAUGGGCCAGCGUGACCUAUGGUGUCUUCCUAUGUAUCGACUGUUCUGCAGUGCAUCGAGGACUAGGAGUUCAUUUGACAUUUGUGCGGUCGACUCAACUUGAUACAAACUGGACUUGGUUGCAAUUGAGAAACAUGCAACUGGGUGGAAAUGCAAAUGCUAGGAAAUACUUUGCACGUCACAACUGUACGACAACUGAUGCGCAACAAAAAUAUAAUUCACGUACUGCCAUGCAGUAUAAAGAGAAGAUGGCACAAGCAUCAGCACAAGCAAUGCGACGUUAUGGAACAAAGGUUAUUCUUCCUUCGACAAAAAAUAAGAAAAUGUUACAUUUAGAUGAGAAUUCAACAUCAACAUCCGAAGAACAAACCGAAAUCGACUUCUUUAAGGAACACGAAAACUUUGAAUUACAUCAUAACGAAUCACCGACGCUAAGUGAUGGAAAUUUAGUUUCGGCUGCUAAUCUCGUACCAAACAAUGACAAUUUAGAAAAAAACAAUCAAAAAGUUAUAUCAGAAGUUGCUUCCAAUUCUUUGGGACCUACCGUUAAAUUAUCCGAUACUACCACGAAUUCAUUUUCUGAAAGAAAAUCCACCAUAGGAGUCAGGAAAAUUCAGACCAAACGACCUGGUUUGGGGAAAAAAACUGGAGGUUUGGGUGCACAAAGAGUUACAACAAAUUUUGAUGAAUUGGAAAAAAAUGUUGCUGAAGCCAGUAAAGAGUCACAAGAGAAAGUUAACCAGGAAAACGCAAAAGAGGAACAAGAAGAAAUCGCUACCCGUCUUGCCUAUAGAUAUGAGCAAAAUUUAAGCGAACAAGCCAAAAAAGUAGAAGAGAGAGCAAAAAAUUUCGAUCCAUCCAAAGCAACACAAGCAGAACGCCUUGGUAUGGGAUUUAAUACACGAAGUGGUGCAAGCCAUUCUGCAGUCGGUGAUAUGCGGACAAUAACGCAGGAAACAUCAUCAAAGACUAUAACUGCAUCUGAACCGAGAAUUGUUGAUGGUGAAAGAGGUCUUUUCAUUAGCUUAGACGAAUUUUACGAGGCCUUAUCAACCCCAUAUAGUAACAAUAGUAAUAAUAAGUCUCGCAACGAAGAAGUUGUUGUUAUAGCAGAGCCAGAACCACCGAAACGAGUAGCCCCGUCAAGCCGUCCAAACAGCACUAAGAACGACAGCAAAACAAUAACGGCGGAAGGUGAAGCACAAAAGAAGUUCGGUAGUGCCAAGGCUAUUAGUUCAGAUCAGUAUUUUCAAGACAGCAAAGAUGAUGAUUCUUGGGAACGUAAAAGCAAUUUGCGUCGUUUCGAAGGCUCAUCCAGCAUUUCGUCAGCUGACUACUUUGGCACAGGAAGUUCUACGCCAACAUCUCCCACGUCUUCGUUGUCAAUGCGGCUUAGCGGUGGAAGAGCUGGAGUUGUGGAUUUAGAUGAUGUAAAAGAAAGUGUACGUCAAGGUGUGAAUAAGGUCGCAGGAAGAUUAAGUUCCCUUGCCAAUGCGGCUGUUACGUCUCUACAGGACCGUUACGGACUUUGAAUAAAAACUAACGAACAAGCCACAUCGACAAUAUUGACAAAUAGAAAUGUUUUCGUAGAAAUGAAUGCUGUUCUUCAGAAACUUACGUUCACAAAGUUUAAAAAUGUAAGAGUCCAUGAUGAAGCUUAAAGAUUUUAUAACUAUUGCACAAUGGUGAUAGUAAUGAACCACGCUAGUUUCAAUGUGAUGCAAAAUGUUACAUAAAGAAUUUAAAAGAUGAUCAAGAUAAAAUAAUAAUAAUAACUUAAAUAAC